GGGGGGGGGGGGGCAAUGCAAUGAUUGUAAGACUGGUGUAAUAUGCUCCCGCUUCCUGGUCUUCAGGACACGCUGCUGAAUUUUAUACAAGUUGUAAACCUGAGAUGCUCUUUUUGGGAAGACCAGAAAGCAAGGCAUUACAGCAGUCUAUUCUGGUGAUGAAAGCGUGCAUCAGCGUCUCCGUGUUGGCCAGAGAGAGGACAGGAAGGACUCUGGCAAUGUUCUUCUGAUGAUAGAAGCCUAUUUUCAUUACGUUUUUAAUGUGAGGGGUAAAAGACAGCUCAGAGUCAACAAUCACACCCAGGUUCUUCACUAGUUGUGAAGGAUCCAAAUAUAAUAGUUUCUCUGGGCCUCAGAACCGAUACUAAAACUUCAGUUUUGUCCUGGUUGAGCUCCAAAUGUGACUCCAAAUCCAGACCAUGGGUUGAUUAAUUUACAUAGAUUAUUUUAAAUUUGUUGUCAGCACUAUGUAAAGAACAGAAUAUUUACGUCAUUCAGAUCUAGGGCAUCCUAUUUUGUGUUCCCUUUAUUUUUUAACAGUGUGUUAAAACCAACAGUUGAAAGAAAGAGACCAGGAACACUAACGGGUACAACAACCAUAUUCAAUUAGCCCAGUUUCUAGUUGGAGACUUUCCACUCUCAAUAUGGCGGACGAGCUGACGUAACUAUCAUGAACGGUGGGGGAGGGAGACGCUUCGUCCAACAUUUGCAACCAUCUGAAACUGUUCGAUUGACUUGACCUCUUCCAAACCUUUCUUUCUUUUAUUUAUUUAUUUAUUUCCUUUUUUCUCCAUGUCUCCAUUAUUUCUGUCACUCUUCGUUGUAAUACCACAAUGGUAUACUUUAUGUGUUUCAUGUCUUACAAUUGUAUGUUCAAAAUGUGCUAAAUAAAGUUAUAUUGAAAAAAAAGAGACGCUCCGUCCAUCUUUAUAGGUUUGAAGGGGAACAGCGCCCUCUGCUGGACAGCAGCUCUGUGUUUAUCUCACUCGAGCGAACAAAGAAGGGAGAGUUCGGUGUUUUCCCACCAGAUUCAGGAUUCUCCCGCCUGCCGUGCCGUGGCCGGUUUCUCUGCCUGCUGAUGACGUUGGGAUGGGCAGCAUCCUGCAGGAUGUGGAGAGGCUUCCCCCCCGGGACUGGGAGCCAGAGAAGAGAGCUUCGAUCAGCUCCAGCAGGCCGAACGCUGUGGGCAGCAACACAAUGGGAAGGAGGCCGUCCCAAAGGAAUUCCCUCCAGCCACAGCUGUUCCCAAGGCAGGAAGGCUGUCCUGAGAAGGAACCACAAAGAAGAAAGCACAAGUCUAACACUCAGUCCUCCAAAAGCACACCUCCACCAUACAGUUCUCAGGGAGCCUCGGCCUCCUGCCCAACACCCUCAUUAGGAGGAAGGAAGGAGGCGGCGGCGCCACGGCCGGCUCCACGCUGGGACAGGCAGAGACGAGGAGGGAGACGGGACAAACACACGGCACCCUCCUCCAACCACCGCCGGCCCAGUUCCAGCACGGAGCUGCUGGAGGUCCUGCAGGACUCUGUGGAGGACAGCGACACAGACAUGUCAGAGUCUGAAAAAGGUUUACUUGCAUCCUCCUGUAGUCCUCCGCAGCUUGACCUCAGGCCAGAGGUCAUUGAGGAUGAGGACCACUCCUCCCACAGCCACAGCAUCAGAGGAGCGGCUCAUGGGGUGUUCCACUACCCAGACUUCCUCCCUCCACCAUUUAAUCUGUGGAGCCUCAGUCAACUGGCUGUUUUCUACAACACGGAAGGCAGAGCAGCCCCUCGGCCCGUUGGCUCUUUGGAACGAUACCUGGAGAGGCUGCUGCAGCUGGAGUGGCAUCAGAUCCAGACGGUCCAAGAGGAGCUUGAGAGCCUGCAGGUCUCAGAAGUAACACCUGGAUGCCACAGGUCAGCUGCUGCUACCGGGUCAUGCCUCAGCUCGCCUAAGUCCAUCCUCCAGUGCCAGCGUGCCUUCCCCCUCACCUUCCUCUCCUCCCUGGCCAGUCACUCUGCCUUUGGCUGUGCCUGCACGCUCUGCUGGAUCCGCUGCUCCACCUGCAGCUCGUCGUGCUGCCGCUCCAUGCACACCAGUGGCCGUCCCUCCAGGCUGAAUCCCAUGCCAGAUCGCAGUAGGGGACACACGUCUCUCCCCAAAAGAAGCUACAGUGAAAGCCGGGUGCACUCGUCAGACAGGACACGCCCAUUUCAGGGACUGAGCAGCCCUUCUAGGACCAGCAGCCACCUGAGGAGGAUGCAGGCACUAGGCAACAUCCGUAACCCCGUCCCAAGUGCUCCCGGCAGGCCACAUUCAACCUGUAGGGAGUCCAGGGUCCACGCCGCCAAGGUGGAUGUCUCCACAGUAGGACAGUUUAGGAGGAGUGGCUCUGAGCAGAGGAGAGGGGGGGUUCAGAGACAUCAGAACAGACAGGACGGCUCUGAGUUUAGAAAAGGACGAAGCGAUGAAUGCAGAGCAGCCCACGCCAAAAACCACAAAACCAAACCAAAGUCUGUGUCCGCAGUCAGAGACCAUGUCCCGAGGUCCACAUGCCCCCCUAACUCAGGGCAAGGCAGGGCCAAAGCGGUGGAGUUUGUUGCAUGAACGUACAGAUGAAGCUUUCUCCCCGUGUCCUGAUGAGCUGACAGCUGAUCCGGUGUCGGUACAAGAUCUGCUCGGGUGCAAGAUCGGCUCGGGUCCGUCGACUGCCGAUGACGUCUAAGUAGUUGAUUGGCUGAACAUGAACCUUACGGAAUGACGUAAUCACGUUACGUUGUUAUCACGUGACGUUGGUCCAGGCAAAUUUUUUCUAUUGGAAAGAUGGACAACUUUUACAAAGAAAUCCAUCAUUACCUCUUUGAAAAUACACUUUUAGCAUAGAGCUGCAAGUAUAAUAGGGCUGAACGAUUAACUGCAUGUGCAAUUAAAUUGCGAUGUGACAAAAGGAGAUUUUCUAAUGGCAAAGGCUGCAAUUUGGCAGCGAGUGGUUAGCGCAAUGCUAAUAUACAUGGAAAAACCCAUAGGAAUGCUAAUGCUAAUAUCGCCGAUUACAUUAUUACAAAUUAUGAAUUAGAAACGUGCCAAAUGAUUACAUUUGGAGUCUAAUAGAAAGUAAAACUACCAUCAAUCAAAUAAGUACAGACAGGUAUUUUAGUAAAGCCAGAAAACUUUUAACUCCAGAGCUUUGGCUAGCAGCUAUGAGCGUAACUGAACUACGCAUGGACAAGACGUCAAAAACUCUAAACACAAAUACUUCAAUAAACGGGACACACUUCUUUCCUGCAAAUACAAUUCCACAGGUGUUGCUAAUACCUAUGAUCCUUCAAGGGAUGUGCUCAAAGAGGAGUUCAACAUGAAUCAAAUAUAGUGUUUUAUUUUACAAAUACUAUUAUAAACACAAACUUACGUCUUAAGAAACAUUAUUUUAAUAACGAAACUGCUAAAUUCUUUCCAACAGUAUAGAUGUGUAGUGUAUUUUGUCCGAGUGGGUUUGCCGUACUUUGACGUCAUCGGCAGUCGAAGGACCCUGAGCCGAUCUUGCACCCGAGCAGAUACUGUACCGACACCGGGAAACUGUGGUCUUUGGGUCUUUAAGCUAACGCCUGCUGGAUGUUUGCUCCUUCUGUUUCGUUUACUCACAUGAACUUUGAUCAUGAAACACAAAGUUAUCAGAUGAAAUCGCUGUUUGAUCUUCAGAGUUUUUUAGUUGAAUUAAAGACGUUUCCUGUUAUCUAAUUAAAAACGUUGGUUUUAGAUGUGGUUUCGUUUCGUAGCGUUCAUAUGAAGCAGAAGCUGAACUUUUGGAGUAAAACAGGAGUUGAGAUUAUUUCAACACUAAUUUGCUGAUAAGUUCUAAUUCGUAAUGUUUGAUAACGUGAAGCAUAAAUCUGGAAAUAUGAAAUAAAUCAGAAUAAAAUACUUUUAGGACAUUAAAGAUUCCUAAAAGUCCUGGGAGCUGGACUUCAACCAUCUCAUCUCACACAAACCUCUGAACUCGCUCGUUUGGCAAACGGAUAUUUUUAAUCCACCAGCUGGAUUCCAGGAGCAGCCCUCCAAACUCCCAGAGCCAGGAGCCCCCCAGGCAUAGCCCCCCCAAUCGUUCGCUCACAGCUGACAGGGAAACAGGCUAAAUCCAGUCUAGACCAGUUAGGCUCUUCCAUCAGACAGAUCCCUCCUGAGCAGGUUUCAGAGAAGCUGAUUUAUUAUGAAGUUCUGACUAGCCUGGUGCGUGGAGCUGGGGUGUCAUUACAGUGUCCUCAGAUGAAAAAGCUUGACUUUGAUCAUUUUUCAAAUACUGGCCCACCUCCAUUUAUUACACUUAAACACACUAAAUCAUUGGCCCAGUUUUAAUAUUUACAUGAGUAGUCUUAAACUCAAACUUCAAACCAUUAAAAGGUUCCCAAACCCUCAAGCAUUUCAUCUAUAAGUGUUACUGUAGCCUAACCUGGUGAGCCAGGCCCAUGGGGGACCAGCUGAGGCUCCUGUGGAGCGAGGCUAUACCCACAAGCUGGGCUCAGUCUCCUCCACCGGAUGUGUACCGGGAAAGUUUGGCUCCAAAAGAAAAGUUAUCGCUUCCAAAUCAGAACUUAUGCUCUUUAAAUCAAGAACAUUUAAACUGUCACAAGUAUAAAAAGUACUUAUUUGAGUGUUGCUGCGUUUGAAUGAGGAAAAUGUGGAAAAUUGAAAGUCUGAAAACUGUUUCUGGAAUAUUUGGGUCCAUUUUCAAACCUGGUCAGUUCAUUACACCCGUGACCACCGUGCGUGUAAUGUUGCUUUUAAGUCCUGUCCAUCAUGAAACUUGGUUUAAAGGCGUUAAUGCUGAGUCCACUCUUAUUUUAUGUGACAAUAACAGAUGUUUCUGGAAGGGAUUCAGCUGAAGUUUCAGGAACGAUGGACUUUUUUCUAUUGGUCCAAGGAAAAUGAUUUGUAAUUUGUUUGUUUUGCACAGUAACUUGUACAUUUUGACUAUAAUACACAAAGGUGUGGACUCGAGUCACAUGACUUGGACUCGAGUCAGACUUGAGUCAUUAUUUGAAUGACUUCUGACUUGACUUGAUAAAAUCUAUAAAGACUUAUGAUUUGACUGGACUUGAACACCAGUGACUUGUGACUUGAAUCGGCUUGCAUCUGUUGACUUGAUGAUGACUUGAGAAUGUUUGAUAUUUUGUCACAGAAGUGGCACGACAUGGACAAAAAUCAUAAAUCAUUCUUGGUUCUGGGUUUGAUUUACUGCUGAAUGCAGCAGCGCUUUGUUUAUAACCAGUCUCAGUUUCUGCUUGUUUGAGCAAAAAAAAAGAAGCUUUAAGAAGGUUUUUUUUCUGGAAUUAAUUUAUUAUCAUCGUCAUUAAAUAGAAGUUGGACAGAUGGCUUGAUUAUCACUUGAAAAUUCAAAGUUAAGGACUUGACUUGGACUUGGUUGUCUUUGACUUGGAUUUGACUUUAGACUUGAAUGGAAAGACUUGUGACUUACUUAUGACUUGCAAAGCAGUGACUUGGUCACACCUGCUAUACAUGAAGAAUUUGAGCCCACUUGGACAUGCUUUUGAAAAUGUUUUUCCUAUUUAUUUAGUUUAUGAUGAGAAUAUUUACAAAAAUACAGAAAAACAUUUGUAUGUGGAG